GAGAGCUUCAACAGAAGCAGCCCCAAAUGCUAUGCAGCAACGGCCCCAUACUAAGCUAAAGUGCAGGGCGCGACGACUUGAAUUUACCAGUAUCCAUGGGAAUAAACACAUUUAAUUCUGAUAAACGGCCCAGCCAUUGGCCGACUUGAUUGAGAUCCACACAAUGUCUUCAGCAGCACCGCCUACAAUCCUGACACUCAAACAAGAGUUGAUAGCGGAGCAGGUGCGAUUACUAUCUCAGCCGUUGGCCCCAUCACGCGCCUGGCGUGCAGGAAACAAUGCAUCCGCUCAAGCAGCAGGAGACAACGGCGGCAGCGCCGCGGGGGCGACUAUCCCCGAGAGGGCCGUCGAGGCCGCCAUGGUGCGUGUCAACCACCGGCUGCACCAGCACGUGAACCGCGUCUACGCAUCUGCCGCCACGCGACAUGUGGCCGAGCAGCUGGAACAACUCUAUUUGAUGGAGCGAGAAAAGGCUAUAGAGAUGCACCCCGAAGGAAACGAGCUGCAGGCCAUGGGAAUUUCCAGCAGCACUGAUUUUGCUGAUGCAAAAACGAUAUCAGCACUUCCUGGGAAUUGGCCCUUGGAAAAGGAUGGAGAAACGCAUCCCGUGGAGGUCAAGCGAUUUGCGGAAUUGACUGAAAGUCUAAAGGAGCUGUCUCUCCAGCGCGAGGCUUUGCUGUUGCGUGUGCGGCGGUUGCGUGCCUUACGCGACGGCCUGGUAUCUUUUCAACCCAACACCGAUGAUGCCGAUGAUGACAACGCUGCAGCUGCUCAUGUUCAGAAACACCUGGUCACCAAAAACGGCGAACUGGAGCAGGAACUCGAGCGUACUAGGAUCCUAAUGGCCCGCGUAGGGAGUCGCGUGGCACGACUCAUACAAAAAGAGUCUCAAAAUAAAGCUUCGACAGUCGGAUCAAACGACGAAGACAGUCUCUUUGAGGACCGCGAGGAUAGCGUGCCGGUUGCACUGGAGGAAGACGCAAGGAGGAAGGUUACCGACUUGCUGGAUCUGUUUUGAUUCUGGGCACCACUGGCACCGCUGAGAGUCUCUCCCGGG